UUGUCACCGCGUGCACAUGCGCACGUUAUGCUUUAGCUUACAAACUUGCUUUCCACGCGUGUCUUAGAUGCAUGCUUUAUAAAAAGCCCGUUUUAAAGCCCUACAUUGUGGAAAAAUAACACGUGUUUUUCAUCACCAUGGGAGGCCAGGCUAAAGGCAAAAAGAAAAACAAACCGAAGAGGAAAGACAACCGUCCAGGCAAUGGUGAUGGAGGAUUUGUUUGCCUGUCACCUCAAGAAAGGAUGAAAGUAAGAAUGCACGAAAAAGCCAAGAAGAAGUCGGCUGAGAAGUACUCAGUACUACAACUCCUGGCGAAGACAGAAGAAUGCAUGGACAGCUUUGACUUUGACAUGGCUGGCCUUUUCUGUCAACGAGCCCUGGACGUGGAGCCCACCAACCUGCAAGCUCUUGACAUGCUGGGACACAUCUGCUCUGAACUGGGAGACCUACAGAAAGCUAAAGGAGCUUUUCUGCGUGCAGUGGAACUGAGCCCAGAUGUAGGCCACAGUAAGUACAUGUACCUGGGACAAAUCCACACAGGCCAGGAGGCUGUAGACUACUACACUAAAGGAACACAAAUCCUACUUUCCACAUUGGAGAAACAAGACACAACAGCGGCUCAGGCCGGAGCUGCCGCCCUACCAGAUGAGGACGCUGUCCAGCCCACCACGAAGGAUGUUAGUGUAGCCUACUGCUCCAUCGCUGAGAUUUACUUAACAGACCUCUGCAUGGAGGAGGGAGCCGCAGACAAGUGCAGAGAGUUCAUCGAAAAAGCAUUACAGUAUCACCAUGACAACCCGGAGGCUCUACAGCUUAUGGCCAGUUACCUUUUCAGUACCGAGAGAAACCAGGAAGGGAAAGAGUACCUGUUGAAAAGCGUAGGAAUGUGGCUGCCGACACAGAAACAGAGCGCUGCUUCUCCCGCCACAGACGAAGACGUGCAGAAUGACAUCCCCCCAUAUGAGUCUCGCAUCACCACAGCCAAGCUGCUCAUCGAGUCGGAGGAAUACGAGAUGGCAGUAGAUGUCUUGGAGGGUCUUCUGGAAGAGGACGAUGAAGUUGUCCAGGUGUGGUAUCUCUCCGGCUGGGUGUGUUACCUCCAGUGGGAAAAAGCAAAGGAGCAGCAAGAAAGAGAGGGCAGAGAAGUGACGGAAGAGGAGAAGGAGGAGUGGAAUGCACUGAAGGAGGCGGCCAGAUCGUACCUGACUAACGCCAAGAAGCUGUACGGUAAGCUGCGAUGCGAUGACCAGCCGAUGUUGGAGCACGUGGAGCAGCUGUUGGGCGAGCUGGGAGGAGAGAUGGAGGCGGAGGAGGGAGAGCCGGCCCUGGAUGAAGACUAUGAACCCUGUAGUGACGAGGAGGAGGAGGAGGGGGGUGAUGCGGAGGCACCCAUGGAACACUGACCACACCGCCUUGUUUGUACUCUGAUUUCGCUUCCUCUCAUCGCACCUCUCUGUAGUUAUUGUGCACUCUCUAAAGUGCCUUUUUUUAAAGGUUCUCCUUUCACACCUGCUUGUCGACAACUGCCUUUUGAAUUUCUGUGAUGUGCAAAAAAAAAACAAAAAAAAAAAAGAGUGGCAUUAAAAGCUGCCGUCAACUCCGUCUCUUACACUCAGUUGUUUAAUGCUUUUGGUGACAUAAGUGCAUAGUAAUGUUUGCCUUAAUCUCCCCGACAGAUGUUGAUGAAUGAAAGAAAUUAGGUUUAGAGCUUUGCUUCCCACCAGCAGUGAAAGCAAAACACCUUUGAGUGCUUUUACCUCCUGCGCACGCCCACGCCUGGUUUCCACAAGCAAAUAUACAUGAAACAUGCACACACAAGCAAAAAGGUACAAAGGAAGGACGUUAAUUAUUUUAUCUAUUACUCUGUACAGCAGCAGUGGCACAAGUAGUGUUUUCCUCUCUUAAUAUCUAUCCGCUCAUGUAAUGCUCAUAUUCAGAGUUUAAGUUUUUCUUUGCUAUUCCGUUUAUUCCCCACCCUUUUUCAUAUCUCCAUUUUAUUCAAUAUGACAGGACACAAUAGCAAGAAUCUGACAUUAACUUUCGCAGAAUGCAUUUCUCUCUCCGCUGCACUUUUCUGAAGUGACUCGCGUAAAGCCUUUCAGAGAGGAGGGAACGGGCAACUGACUUUUUAAACCCAGUUUCCAAUUGCACCCUUUUAAAAUGCUCAGAUGGGGUUUUUGUAGCGUAAUGGCGCCGGUUUGUGCGACGGCGUCGGCACAAGAACGGAUAGAUGCUUUUCACGCUUCUCUUCUAUAUGCGUUUUACCAUUGAGUGCAGGUGAAGAGAGAGUUAAUACAUCUGAGCUGUCGGCCGCUCCGCACUUCUCAAAAUCACCCAAAUAAACAUGGAUAUUGUAGAGGCUUAAAUGGCGUCAUUUUAAAUACAAAUAACGAAAUCAUUUUCUGAAACGCUGACAUAUUUCGGUGCAUUUUUUUUUUUAAUAUCUCUCCCCAGGUGCGUUUUAUACGGGGAGCGCCGCGUGCGACGCACGUUCCGUAACACAUAGCCACCGCGGAGGAUUUCUCCAUGCGCCAUGCCUGUUAACAAACACAACACACCACAGGCAGCCGCUGCUGCGCGGCCCCUUUGAAGAAUUUCAUAACCGGUAAAUGGGAAUAUUAUCUGAGAUCCUGGUCCUGAUAGCGACCUAGCUGCAAGCUGAGAGGCCUGUUUGGGAAUACAGGGGUUCAGAUACCGUGAUCUGAUUGUGCCUGUUUGUGUUUAAGGAGCAUAAAAUACAGCUCAGGAGGGAAGUUACAGAUAUGAUACUUUGUGAGUGUGUGUGUGCAGUAGAUUAUCAUAGUUUAAUGUGAUAUGAUGCGUUGUUAUUUGUGGACUGGGCUUUGCCCAGAAAUUCACGUCGGUGAUGUUUCGCGCAUGCUAAUGUACCAGUACAGGCCUUCAGGAAAUAUAACCUGGAGCGAUUCUGUCAUCUAGCAUUUGCCUUUUGUAAUUAAAAAGGACCGGAGUGUG